AUGAGCCGAUCAUCAGGCACUUUAAAGAAUUCCACGAACCCUGAACUUGCACCAUGUACUGACGCAAGCAAGACCCAUACAGGUCUUGCAACCCCACAGACGAUAUUUGCAAACAUACAUGAUGGAACGGUGAUCUCGCCCUAUGUUGCCAACGACUUCCGAUACCCCGAAUCCACGUCUCUAAUGCAUUACGCUCCGCUAGAGGCGUUCCCUAUCUUUCAAGGCGGUGACGUUCAUGUCAAGUCGAGCUUUAUUGAUCCACCAAAGCAGUGGCGACUCCAUAGCGCUAUUCUUGCUCGACAUUCUCCUUGGUUCGCCCGAUCCCUACAGCAAGAACGUAGGAGUGAAGACGACGGUCCCACCUGGUUCUCGUACACUAUCGAGGAAGUUGAAGGCAAGAUUGGACUUGUGCGUCAACAAAUCACAGGCGAACAGCCAGAUAUCGAAGCUCGAGAUGAUGGUGGUAUAGAUCUCGGUACCGCCGUAAAGGUCGAAGAGACGGACGAUACCAUCUUGGCUACUAAAGAGCGCCCGGCAUCAAUACCAGUAUCAGGGACGACUAGAAAUGCAACCCACGUCCUCUCAGGGAUGAAUCACAGCUCCACCAUGGCGAUCUACAGCCAAAUCUUUGGAACAUUCUAUAGCAUUCCACCCUCAAUCUCCACGGCCUCCAUCGCCGUCGCCCUCACCCAAUCCGAACAGCUCGCCGAGAUCGCGCAAAACCUAGGAUGUCUACACCUCAUCACCUCGCAUAUUGGCAAUGCCCUCUUCUCGUACCGCCAGUCCCUCUUCAGCGCCAUCAAAGCCGACCCUGCUCGCUGGAUUCUACUCUCCAUGCUCCUCCAAAACGACAGCAUAUACACCGAAGCCCUGAUCCACCUCGCAGGCGCACACCCCUGCUGGCCCUGGCCUACAAAGCGGACAGUAGUGCCUGGAGAGAUUCGACGUCUUAUCAUGACGAAGAGCAGGGCGCUGGACAGACUAUGCUUGGAAGCAGAAAGGGAAUUGUUAUUGCUCACAAUAUACGUCCGCUCUAAACCAGUGCAACCACAGGAAAAGAGUCAAUUCGACACUUGGUUCAUUGUGCAGAACUUCCGCGACAUCCUCGCUAGGGAGUUCAACACUCUCGAAAACGACCGAAAGAAAAGUAUGAGGCGCGGCGCUAUCUUUCGGAAAAUUCGCAAGGGAGGCAGUCUGUAUAUGAGCUACGAGGAAAUGAGACGCUUGAUGGAAAGAAUCAUGCCGAGUGCAGUGGACAAUCUGAGUGAGGAUUUGACCUUGCUGAAGAAGCAUGCCAGUGGCAUUGUGGAGGAGCUGGCCGCGAACGAGCUCAUGCUUGAUGUCGAGGCGAAUCAUGUCGGUUAUCUCACAUGUACGAAGGUGGGAGAUGAGGAUAUACUGUGGCGGGCGGGUCAGCAAAGUGAGGCUUGA